CUCUGUUUCCCAGGAAACGCUCUCCGCGUCCCCUCUCUUCGCCCCGGCGGCUCUAGGCCUCUGAAGCACCACAGAAGGAGGGGUCCGCGCCGGCGCCCAGCACCUGCCGCCGGUGGGGGACUCACCGCGGCGGCGGAACAGAAAACUGGAGCUGCCUCCAGGGCCAGUCCACCGAGGCUGAAGUCUGUAAGCCUGGAGAGACCGUCAGCAGUAACCUGCAAAAUCCAAAAUGGCCACCCUGCCCCCACUGCCCAUGACACGCCCAAAGCUUAUGGCCUUAGCCAGACAGAAGCUGCCAUGCUCCCCUGUAACAAUUCCAAGAUCUCAAUUGAUCAAAGAAAAAGAUGACAUAGAUCAUUAUGUGGAGGUGAAUUUCAAAGGAUUGUCAAAAGAGGAGGUUGCUGCCUACAGGAACUCGUACAAGAAGAACAUCUGUGUGGACAUGCUGCGAGACGGUUAUCACAAGUCCUUCACCGAGCUCUUCGCUCUGAUGGAGCGGUGGGAUGCCCUGAGGGAGGCUGCGAGGGUCAGGUCCCUGCACUGGUUGCAGAAGCCCCUGGAGGAGCAGCCUGAUAAACUGGACCACUUCUACCACUACCUGACCAGGGCCGAGGACGCUGAGAGGAAAGGAUACUUUGAAGAUGUAUAUAAAAACUUGUAUGCUCUGGCCUGUUACUUCAAUAAUUCUGAAGAUAAGUGGGUGAGGAACCACUUCUAUGAACGAUGUUUCAACGUUGCUCAACUGAUCAAAAUUGACGGUGGGAAGAAAGAAGCUGAGGCGCAUGCGCACAUGGGUCUUCUCCACGAGGAAGAUGGUCAGCUUCUGGAAGCUGCCGAGCAUUAUGAAGCAUUCCAUCAAUUGACACAGGGGCGGAUAUGGAAGGAUGAGACAGGCCGCUUCCUCAACUUGUUGGCCUGCGAGAGUCUCCUGAGGACUUACAGAUUACUCUCAGACAAAAUGCUGGAAAAUAAAGAAUACAAACAGGCCAUCAAAAUUCUAAUAAAAGCUUGUGAAAUAGCCAAAGAAGGAAGUGACAAAAACAUGCAAGGAGAAGCUUCUUACUACUUGGGCUUAGCAUACUUGGCUGCUGGAGAAUAUGACACAGCACUAACAGUCCUUAACACUUACAGUAAAAUCUCUACAGACCAGGAUGAUGAUCUCAGCCUGGGGAGAGCCUAUGAAGCAAUAGCCAAGGUCCUACAGAGCCAAGGAAAGACAACAGAAGCAAUUAACUACUUGGAAAAAGUUGUGAAACUUGCAAGAAACAAUUUUCAAAGCCUAGAUAUUGUGAGAGCAAGUACAAUGCUUGGAGACAUCUACAAUGAAAAAGGACACUACAACAAAGCUUCUGAAUACUUUCAGCAAGCUUUUGACGCAACAGUUGGGGAAAUGAACAUGCCUCUGAUGGAGGAAACAAAAGUUCAUUACGGAAUAGCAAAAGCCCAUCAGAUGAUGCUGACAGUGAACAGUUAUAUAGAAUCUGCAGAUCUUACCAGCCUUGGCUACCUGCUCUCGUGGAAGGAGACUAGAAGCGACAUUGAACCUCAUCCAGUUACUGGAGAGUUUAAAACAACAGUAGAAGGUGUAUCUCAAAAUUCAGAAUAUUUGGAAGAACUAGGCAGAUUUCCAGAUCAUCAAAAAAAAUGAAACUUAAAGCAGCUUUGACUCAACACUGAAGCAAGAAGAAAUAUAUCAUGUCACCUUAGACUUCAAUAUUUGUACUAAAUAGGAGCAUGUUAUAAAUAAUAUAAGUAGAGUUAUAAUAAAACUAUGAUUAUGUUUUCAUUG